CAAAAUAACUAUGCAAUGUGAUACAAUACGAUAAAAUACAGUAACCUUUAUGAAUCUAAUUUGAUGAUCGGAAAACUGGUCUCCAGCUCUGUUCUCACAACAAAGACACCAGCUUAUAAGCACCAGGGGUUUACCUACACUGUAACGCCGCUAGAUGAAGAACAGUUUCUGGGUUUUAAGCCUUACACUGGGACAAGUUUGUGGCUCCAUGUCAAUUCCGUAUCAUGUCUGAGGAGUGACAAAGAGUAAAAGUAACAACUCAAACAGACGAGACCGGGCUAUAAGCUCCUUGCUCCAGGGCACAACAUUGCAAAUGGCUACAUUUAGCUUCGGUAUUACGUCCCUUGCAGGAAAGCGGAUGGACACACUGCAGGAAGCUGAGGUGGAGCUGAUUGAGAGACAGACGUGUAACCAGAUUGACUGGUACAAUGGCAGCAUCGAGGCCGGCAUGGUCUGUGCGGGCUCCCAGACGGGGGCGGUCGACACAUGUCAGGGAGACAGCGGUGGCCCGCUGCAAUGCUUCAGCGAAGACCAGGAGAGAUUCUACAUCGUCGGAGUGACCAGUUUUGGGUACGCCUGCGGCCUGCCUAGGAGACCCGGAGUGUAUGCCAAGGCCAGCAAAUAUUCCCACUGGCUGAAGACAACUCAGUCGAGCCCAGCAAACUGUUACGUCUGGGUCGCCCAUGGCAACUCCUCCCCCACUCAAGAGAUGUCCAACCUCCACUGUCUUUUAGUCACCGGCUACCCCGUCACGUCCUAA